AUGGCUGGAAGCGGAAACGUUGGUCUAUGUCCUGACUGGAUCUACUCCGACUCUUCCAACGUGCACGUUGCAAAAGACAAAGCCUGGUUCACAAGCUACCACCCUUUCCGAUCCAGCAUCGGCUCCGUCUACAACAUCGGUGACCCAAUCCAAGUCGUAGGAAUCGGCACAGUCGAGUUCGAAGUGAAGGCUCGCCCCCGCUCGUUCGGGACUUCCACCAUCCAACUCCACAACGUCCUGCACGCACCAAACUACAUCUGCAACGUCCUCGGCCGCCCAAUUACCAGCGUCUACACCAUCGGACUCGGCGGGUCGGUUCCCGAAGGCGGUCCGCCGUCGCGGGGUGGUUUGUUCCUGGCCGGAAGACAGGUCGCUCACUUCCAACCAGGACCGAUCGGUAUCUUCUCGCUCGCUGUUCCGCCGCCAGCAGGCAGGGCGUUCGGCGCAAGCCCGUUCAGGGUCGGCACGGCGUGGGUCGUGAGCUGUCACUGGGCCACCGCGGAGCGCGUGAGGUGGCAGGAACUUCGAGCGCUGGCUGCACGGGAGCUGGAGCCGCCCAAGUUUUCGCGCCCGUAUACGAUGCGGGAGCUGGAGUACGUGGAUGGGCAUUGGGGCACUGAGUUCGGCUUCUUGACGCUGUAUCGGUUGGGGAUAGGUGAUGAAAGGGAUCGGAGUGAGGGGAGGAGGAUCGUCCGAGCACUAAUGGCAGGGAGAGAUCCGGCUGCGAUGGAUGGAGAGAAGGAUGUACACAUCAACGGAAGGUUUGCGGACUACAAGGAUUCAAACAAGGGAGUUUUCCCCACUCACUCCCGGAGCCCUCGGGCGCAGGUAACGAGCCCUUUCUUGGGCGGAAACUGUUGA